ACACCACUGGAAGUGGAGAUGGCUUCAUAUGUCCUGCUCAGCGUGGCCAAGGGACCCAAUGUCCUUGAAGCUGAUCUGACCUAUAUGGCUACAGUAGCAUUGUGGCUUGUCCGGCAACAGAAUUCAUAUGGAGGGUUCCGGACCACACAGGACACAACAGUGGCGCUACAGGCUCUCUCUGCUUACGCUGCACUCAUAUAUACCCCCAAUGCUCAGCACAAUGUGAUUGUGAAACAAGGAAAUGGUCAGCUUUACCAGCUAUCUCUGAAUCAGGACAACAGGCUGCUGGUCCAAAGACAGCCCUUACCUACCGUCCCUGGGGAGUAUAGUGUUGAUGUCAGUGGGAACGGAUGCUGCUUGGUGCAGAGCACUUUGAGAUACUACCUCCCUGUGUCCCAACAAAACGCUGCCUUCUCCUUGUCUGUAAACUCAUCCGCUGAUAGUUGUGUAAACGGUGUGGCGUAUACUUUUACUAUUGGCAUCGCCGUCAGGUAUGAAGCAAAUGUACCUAUUGUGUACAAUGUAGGGAUGGCUACCAAGGAAGUCGAGGAAAAAUCCAACAUGGCAAUUAUUGACCUAAAAAUGCAGUCUGGAUACACCGCAGAUUACGCGUCUCUCAGAAACCUGGUGGAUUCAAAAGUGGUCUCCAAAACUGAACAGGAGAAUGGUCAUGUGAUCCUGUACCUGGACUCUGUUCCCAAAGAGACAAUCUCCAUGUCCCUCAAGGUUGAAAUGGGUAAUCGUGUCCUCAAUGUACAAGAAGCUACAGUCUUGAUUUAUGAUUAUUAUGAGCCAGAUGAAAAUGGUGCAGCCCAAAUACAGACACCCCUGUGCAGCUCAGGGCUAAGGUAA